UUCCAACCUAAGUGAUUCGGUGAUUCUUGAACUGCCUGAGCCUGCCCUAGACACACAGCAAUCCUCCAAACUGGCGGAAUGAAUGUUUACACGGCAGCUCGCCGAGCCUGGGUGUAGCGGGGUGCCUCUUUAGCCAGGAGACUGCAAGCGGGCCGCAGCUUAGGGAGUAUCCCGUGACAGAGCUUUGGCUGACCAAAGAGUCGGGCAGCCUGGCCCAAACACUUCAAAGCGUGCCACUUUCAACCGGGAACGCGUCUCUAGCACUUGGCAGGGAAGGCAGCUCCCGGGAGCCCUCCCAAGGCGCUCCUGCACCGCCCCGCGCCCGCCUGGGCCGCUGCCCACACCAAAGAUGGCGGCGCGGGAGCGGCAGCGCGCAGCCGCCCUGCCCUGCCGGGCCGCGCGCGCCUCGGUGGCUGGCGUUCACGUGACGCGUUCACGCGCGCCGCGCGGGCCCCGCGCGGAGGGAGGACGGCGCGGCGGGGGCGCGCGGGCGAUCAGGGCUUCUCUCAUUCAUGGCUUGGGCCUGGCAGUCGUAGGAUGGACUGUCGACUCCUCUGCAGGCACUGAAGUGACUUCAUGAACACUGGCCGUGGGCCGAAGACCUCGCACAGGUGACACCUCUGCUCCGAAAAAGGUUUAGAGAGAAAUGGAGCUUGAAAGAAUCAUCCAAGACACACUGACACACUUCAUCCAGUCCCACAUCCCUGCAGCAGAUCUCAGUGGGAUGGAUGAUGUUUUCUUCUCUUAUAUCACGGGUGUCCUGGAAGAGCUGGGCUCACCAGAGUCCUCUGAAGAGACUUUUGACAUGGACACCUUUGUGGAAAUGAUGGAGGCAUAUAUCCCUGGUUUUGCAGAAAUCCACAGUGGGGAUGUUUGUGAAAUGAUGUUCUCCCUCUCAGAAAGGCUUGGUGAAGCUCGCAACAAAGAAAAACUUGGCCAAAAGGCUGUGGAAAGCAGGAGUGAAGCGCCCUCUGAAGACCUCACCAAGGGCCAGGAGCCUGGAGCUGGAGCCUGCAACGGGGAGAGACUGUGCACUCUAACAGACGGAGCCGGGGCCCAGGAAGGUGCUGACUUGAAGGAUGGGGUGGAGCUGCUACUGGAGAUGUUCCCGGCCUGUACUGUGAGCCAGGCAGAGAAGGCUCUCGCCAUGGCCUUGGGGAACUUGGAAGAGGCAGUGCAGUUAAUUGUGGAGGAGAAGGUGGAAAUUGGCCCAGGAGGUGCAAAUGUGAAGGAAUUGGCAAGGCCCCGCAGAACACCCAACCACAACGAACUAAAACAGGUCAUCCUACAGAAGUACAUGAUGGUGGAUAGUGCAGACGAUCAGAAAACACAUCGGCCAGCUCCACCCAAAGAGGCUCCCAAGAAGUUGAUCCGCUAUAUUGAUAACCAGGUGGUGAGCACAAAAGGAGAGAGGUACAAAGACAUCAAGAAGCCUGAGAGUGAGGAGAUGAAGAGAACCUACAUCAGCCUAAAACCAGCCAGGAAGUACAAGUUCCACUGACAGCCAGGUCCUCUUGCUCUUCAGCCUUCCACCUCACUGCCAGGCAUGGCAGGAUGGAUGUGUGCUGCUAAGAAUGAGGCAACUCCACCUGCCACUAACUUGAACUAACUGGAAUCCAGGACACUGCUUUCAGCUUCCUCAACUAACCUGAGGAGACUUCUCUCCUUGUGUAGCAGUCCCUCUGCCCCCAGGGGCACACGGCAGUGGCUCUCCAGGACCUAGGCAUUCUCUGCUAUUCCUUGCAUGAGACAUUCUUAGCUCUGAGAUGUGGCAUGUGCUUUUGCAGCAACCUUUUUAACAAGUCUUUGUGCACUGUUCCUUUGAGUGCCAGUAUUAAUAAAGAUGAUGUGAGUUGGUGUGUA